AGUGAAGAUGGUUCAAGUAAGCAUGCAGGGUGGGAAACCCGCAGCUGGUUCUACAUAGUAGUGAGAAUAAGCUUGUUUCUUUGGGUUGCUUUACUUAAUCUCAUUACAAUAUCAACUUGGGCAAGGGUAAUUGAUGUCAUGGAUAGUGAGGUAUCAUGACAAUGCACCACCAAGUAAUCAGUUAUGUUUUGACAAGGCCUGGAAGGGAGUUGUUGUUUACAGUUGUUUCACUGGACGAAAAGUACAAAGCUAAGGUCUGUAUAGAUGUUAUUGUCCAAAGACUGGUGAUGCGACAGCUGCUGGAAUUUAUAGUUUGCUGUUCAGCAGACUUGAGAAGAAAGCAAACAUGGUUACCCUAUAUGCAUUGCCGCUCUGUUUCCUUUGGCUUCUCACUGCAUUUCAUUUGGGACGCCUCCAGACAAAUCUUGCAAGGCUUCAGGCGGCACCUGCAGCAUCCUAAUUCCUGAAGGGCUAAAAAAAUGGAUACCCCUGUAUAUUUACACGUUAUCACAAGACUGAAGCGGGUUGCUCCUGUAGUCCCGCCGUUUUCUUCUCUAGGUUUUGACUCUACAGAUAUCUGCUGGAGGUAGUGCCACCAGAUAGACAGUGCUUUCAGCAUGUAGAAAGUAUGGUUACCACAGAGCAUGUCCUUGUUGGCAUUGAACUGCUCGUUUCAAAGAAUGGUAGAUCCAUGGAGGAACUUUUGAAUCUGGAGUUUUCCUUUUAGUAUAGAUUGGAAUAUCAGAGUUAACUAGAGAUGAAGUUCAACAUUAAGAAGAGAUUGUACUAGAUACAGAAAGGGAAAUGUUAGGACUAUACAUAAUAGUAGAAUACUCUCUGGUUUUCGUACCA